AUUUAUUUCGGAUUUGCUUAAAUUCAUCGUAUGUCUGUUGCAAAGCCUAUGAUCCGGCAACCCCUGUCUUGGAGACCAAUCGAUUUUUCUCUAUCCAUUCACAACGCAGGCUUAUAUUGAAUUGAAAUAUCUUAAUCAUUUGACUUCAGGCUUUCUGUUUUGCGGUUGCUAAUAAUUGCGAUCUGAUGUUUUGUUUGGAUUUUGGCUUUGUAUUCUUGACUUAUCCUCUGAAUCGAACUGACAAAUAAUGCGUGUAACACGAUAUUUGUGGAUUAACAAUUUACCUGAUCGCGUUACUGAACAAGAUAUUCGUGAUGUUUUACAAAGUCAUGGCAAAAUCCAAAGUGUUCGAAUUCAUGAGCACGAAGGAAAUAAUGGUGCUGUUGUUGCAUUCGUUGACACUAAGUCUGCAACUCGAGCAGUGGAAAGCACAAUACGAUUAAGAAAGGUUAAUCUAUCUCUUCAGUAUUGUGAAUCAUCUGGUAUACCUGGAACUAACAGUUCUGAUCAACUUGCUACACCAUUGGAUUAUACUCAAACUAGCAACACUAGCCUUUUGCAGUCGGAUGUAAAUUAUUCACGACAUAAAAGUCGAUCUGUGAGUACAGUCAGUGAUUCUAGUUCUGUAUUUCAUGAUCCAGAAAACAACGAACAAACUGACACUUGUUUAUCACACACAACGAAACGGAAUUAUCCUAAAGAUUUCAAAACCACUAACAUGAAUGCCAGUCCUCGCUUUCAAAAUGAACAUCGUGGAUUAAAGAUUAGUCAUCUUCCUCUUCGUUCUUCAGACACUAAUUUGCGCGAAGGAUUAUUUCAUGAAUACAAAAAGCAUGGGAAAAUUACUUCGGUGUUUGUACGCGGACAAGAUGAAGAGCGUAUCUGCAUCAUCACAUUCAAAAAAAGUGAGGAUGCCGAGAAGGCGCUCGCAUCAUCUAAGGGUAAGGUGUUUUUUGGUACGCCAAUAUCAGUUCAACCACACGAAGGGUUAAGUUCUGAAGACCCUGACUUAUGUCCUCCUGAACAUGCUUUGAAUGAAUACCACCCUAAGGCGACAAAAACUUUAUUCGUUGGGAAUCUUUGUUCGGGUACAAUUACUCAAGAUGAACUUCGCCGCACUUUCCGUGGUUAUGGUGAAAUAAUUGAAAUAGAUAUCAAGAUUCAAGCGAAUCAGCCAGGAACGUCCUAUGCAUUCAUUCAAUAUGGGGAUAUAAAAAGUGUAGUGCGGGCUUUAAAAGAACAAGAAACUGUUCGCGUCAACGGGAAACCUGUCAAAUUGGGUUUUGGUAAAAGCCAGCCAACGAAUGUCGUGUGGCUAGAUAACCUGUCGCCUACUAUUAACGAGGCUUUCUUAACAAGGCAGUUUGGCCGAUAUGGUCAGCUGACCCAUGUUGUUUUGGAUAGGAAAUCAAUGCGAGCUCUUUUAUAUUUUGAUAAUGUUGAGGUUGCACAGCAUGCAGUAAACGAAACUCGUAAUCGUGCUCUUGUUGGUCGUAAGGUUCAAAUUGAUUAUGCUGGAUACGAGUGUCAAGUUGCUUUCAUGAAAAAGCUGUCUAAGCACGAUAGUUUUGGACAGGUUUACGAAAACUAUAAGGAACGGUUGCAAGAAGUGUUGUCACUCCUGCCUUACGGAAGUGUUAUCCCUUAUCUCGGGGAUCGACAAAGGUAUUUUGGUGACAACCAACGGGAUCAUUUCGCAAGUGGGAAUACAAAAUUUUCCUAUCGCAGGUCAAAUUGUCUCCGUAGUAGUCCAGUAGAUCAUUCUAUGAAGUAUGAACAGUCUUCUAAUAGAACUAGGUGCGGAUCAUCGGUCUCUCCACACGAGCGGUCUCAUCAAUCAUCUGAUCGCAGACGAACUUUCAUUACUAGUUCUCCCGAUGACUCAAAGAUAUCUGGUAACUUGAUUUGUUCACAUAGUAAUCGGAACUCACACCAUGGGAAAUCCGAUACAAAAAAUGUGCAGAGCGAGGAUAGGUCAAGUCUUCUAUCUCACAGAAGACAUCAGCAUAAUCAAAUUCCUAUCAAAUUAAAGUCAUCUCGUUACUUAUCUCAUACUGAAGGAAAAUCUAAUCUUAAUUCCCUUACACACGUAGAUCAGUCAAACUUACGUAGCAGGGGGCAGCUUCUUGAAGAAACAGAUGAUAUCAGUAGCGGUUCAUUUUCCUCAGACUUUACAAAUGAUGAUAGCUUUUUUGAAACUUCUUUAAAACAUAGCAACACCAGUUCAGAGUGCUCAGCACCAAUGUCUAAAUUACCGUCACAUGUGAUUCGUGACCAUGUUUUGAACAUCGAUAAACGAAAAAAUGUAGAUACUGAUUUUCCUCAAAAAUGUUCCCGCUCAAAUCAUUAUGAGAUAGAAUCCCUUGAUGAAUCUUCCUACUCAUCAAGUAAGAAAUAUACUCAGAAGGCAAGAGAAAGUGUAAGUCCUCAUUCUCGAGUUGCCUCAACGCGAUUGUCCGUUGGUAGGUCUCGAACAUCAUCUCAACACCGCUCUCAUUGGGCUAUUGAUAGGAAUUCGAAUCUCAGGCAGAGUAGUCAGGAAUGUCUUGAAGAAAAUACUGACCAAAAGCACAGUAAUGCUAGUUUCUUUUCACGAGCCCGAACGUUACUGAAACUCCCAGAUGCUGAUUCUUCGAGUCCAAAUUACUCAACAAAGUCUAAGCGGAUUAUGCUUUCGAAAGUUGCGUCGACAUACAAGGAUGUUGAAUAUUCUGGACGAGCAAACACUUCUACUGUAAGUCCCAUAUCACCCGAUGAUGCACCAUAUAAUGAAUCAGAGGGAGCUUAUGGACGUAUUACUAACAGCGCCUGUUCUGAUAUUCCAAUUGGAGUUAAGUCUCAUGAUACUCUUACAAAACUUGAAAUGGAAAGAGCGAAAUUACUGAGAGAACUUUCUCUAUUAAAUAAUGAAGUAAUUGGUGGAAGCAGAGGAAAAACAGGCAGCGUUACAAUAAAUAUGGGUAAUUCCAAUAGGAAGCGCGCCCCGUCCUCCUUGUUUGUUAAUGAUAUUCCUUCACCAAAGUUAAAGUGCGUCGAAAAUAGCAGUAAAUGCGAGUUAGUAUCCAUUCAAAGUCCUACGCUCACGAGUGAUAAUUUGAUGAGUCCUGGAUUUCGGGAAUCUGUUUCCAGCUCUCAUUCUAUUAGACUAAUAACAGCUUCACACGAUUCUAAGUCUGAACUUUCUGGUUCUAAACAGGGUGUUGUUGAUAAGAAUGUUUUAGCUUUGGCGGUUGAUAACCAUCUGAAUACUAGUGAUGUUGCGUCAUCCAGUCGGCGAAACCAUUUAUCAAAAACUGCCCAAGGUCAUGAUUUUCAAAAUAUACAUAGUAAUUCUAGAUCCGAAACUGUGUUUCCUGCUAUCGUCACUGAUAGUUUAAAUAUGUCGGGCAGUCGGCAACCUGCUUUAAUAACGUCAUCUCCAAGGAUGGUCAUUGCACCCGAAUCCACAUCACCGAUGAUACACAUUUCACCUCCUAGUUCACCAAUGAUAAUGGGUAAAUCAUCGUAUGCUUCAACACUAAGCACUUCUCUUUCGUCUUCUGUUUUGACUGCUUCAACUUCCGGAUCUAUCAUAUCUUCUCUUGCAAACUCUUCUAGUAGAGAUCCGCGUUUGGCUUUUCAUCAUACUCAGCUCUCCAAUGAUGUUCCUCCACCUCCUCCAGAAACUUUCAAAUUACCUUUGUGGGUCGAUACCUCACCUCAUACAGAGAUCAUGAUUUCCAAUUCACUAACAAGUUCUGUCACGAGAACACAAUCUCCUCACUUCUCAAAAUCUCUUUGCGAUGUUGAAUCUGAUGUCUCUAUUCAGGACCCAAGCGGAUGUUCACUAGAUGAGCGUAUUCGACUAUUGGAUGUUCAACUUAUGAAGUCGGAAAAGGCUAGACCUACCGUAGAUUAUAGUAAAUUUCGCAUCAGACGUAAAGCAGAAUCCAACUCAACUCCUCAAUCCACCCAAAUUAAUAAUCCAACGCAGUGUACUACUGGUGUGUCUGUUACUUCUUGUACACCUCACUCACCUGUUUUGACUUCGACAUAUUCGAUUACCACUCGCUGCGAACUUGGAGUUAUAGACAUGAUUAAUUCUAGCCUACCUGUUUCUUGUACAUCUAAUAUUGGAUCGACUUCUCCCAUUCUCUCUAAUUCAACACUUUUAAAUCUGGUCAAACCAGCUGAUACCUCGGAGUUUGUCAAAAGUAUGCUCUCCUUCUCUAAGCCAUCUCCUUCGACACCUUGUGAUACAUCCAACAAUAUGUUCUCAAACGAAAUAGCAACUACUAAUCGACAUACAGUUUCAAUUCCAUUAUGUCAGAACUCGUUUCUCACACGUUUGCCUCGAUCAUGUGUUAGUAAUAGUUUAUCAGCAACCAGUUUUAUCCAAUCAUCUGUUUCUUCCUGCGGGAAACAAAAAAGUCCAAAUAACAAUCGUAUUCACUCUAAUGUUUGUAAUGUGGAGCAUAGUUCAUUGUCUGGGGCUCAACCUGUUGGUGUGGCCACUAGGAUGCCGUCAGUAAAGCCUUUUUGUGGGUCAGAUGUUUUAAAACCUGAAGAUAAUUUGGUAGGAAAAGGUGACACUAAAUUCAACACGUUAAAAGAAAGUGUCGAUUACGUUGAGAAGUGUGAACCUGUGAUUUUAUCCCAUUCACUCAAUAACACCUCAACAGAGUUUAACGCUAAUCUUUCGUCUUAUGUUAACGAUAAUCAAAAGUGUGUUGAUGUGUCCAAUAAAGUUGGUGUACAUGGUGUUUCCCCUCUUUUGGGAUCAUCUAAUGAUUUUUAUAAAACCAGUCAAAAAACACCAACUUACCAAACCAUUACUUGCCAAAAGUCUUCACCACGAGACGAUUUUGUAAGUAGUAAUAAAUGUAAACCGACCUCCCUCUUGAAUAUACCACUUGCAAAUGUAAAGAAAGCACAAAAACAUGAUCCUGCGAAGCCUAUCUUGGAUGACUUUGUCUUUCAGAAUUCUUUGGUAGGUAGUAUACCUAAAAAUAACCAACUCAAAAAGCCGCACCCCGAUACACCUAGUUCAAUAUUACCUACAAAACGAAAACCAUCUACUACUUCUGAAUCGAAAGAAAUAAUACCAGCCUCUAAUGCAGACAAAACAGUGUCGGGGAACGUAUCACUGACUAAAAGUAAAACUCAGAAGAUUCCUUGCCAAAGUGUUUCUAAAAAACCAGGAUCAGCAUCUGAAAACAGUCUCAAAAAGCAUUCUGUUUUAAAUAACAAACUCCAAUUGACUACUGACGGUAACCAGUCUGUAUUCAGCUCUAACAAUCGUUCUUUGUUUUGUCCUGAGAAAAAACCCGUUUCACCUCAUUCUAAGAAAAGAAAAAGUGUCCGGGACUUCAAGAAGAAAGUUAUUGAUAGUGAGGAUUCUGAUUGGGAGCCGAAUACAAUUAAUAGUUCUCAACAUCAGUCGGGCGAAUUACUUGACCCAGAUUCCUCAUCAGAGUCUCGCUACGAAUCGAUGUAUGAUAAGAUUAAGCGCAGAACUAACCAAAGUACAGCAAAAUCCACUGACUCUCUUGUGAAGCCAGAUGUUUUACAGCGUUUUUUAAAAAACAAAAGUAAGGAACCUAAAAAACCGAAUUCGCACAAGUCUCUAGUUGAUUCCGAUACAGAUGAAUGUUUGAGCGAUGGUUCAUCAAUUCACUCUGGUGAUGCUUCUAAUCCAGUUACUAAACGCACAACAAAGACAAAUUCUUUAUCGAAUGAAAUAGGAUCAAAAUCUGUGAAGCACAAAGUCCCAACUACUAGUAGGGCUAAAUCACAAGCCAUCUCUUCUGUGUCACCUAAACGGAAGAAAAUUGUCACCGACUCCGAAGUGUCUUUAUUAAAGGAACCUUCACAUAAAGCUAGAGGUCGAAAAGCGAAGAAAUCUAACAUUUCCAACAAAGCACAGUCACUGACUGCUCAGGUACGACGUAAUCAUAAGAGCAGUGAACAGCAAGGGCCUGUAACUACUUUGAAUUACCGAUCAAUUACUCGUCGCAAGAAACCUUGCGUAAAAGAAAAAAAUGUUCCCGCACAUGAGAACGAUGGUAAAGUUAUUUCGGGGCGCGUAAAUUUAACAGGUCGGUCGAAGACACAAAAGCGGAAAGCUAUCUCAGCUGUAAACAAGCAGCUUCUUUCUAUAAAGAAUACCCGUCGUAGUCUAGUUCGUCGUGUAUUUGCUUCUACAGACUCAUCUUCGCUUUCAUCUGUAAUAUCUGAAUCUUCUGAUGACGACUUGUCUAAUAACCAGGUUUCUGAUUUGUCCGUGAAAGAGGAAGUAAGUGCGACGGAAAUUACCCAAGAGGACAAUUAUCAACCUAUCAAAUCCAAGUCUCCCACGCUUCAACUUAGUCGUUCUUGUAGUCCCGAAGAUCUACGGGCAGAUGCAGCAAUACGUCAUACUUUCGGAGCUUUCACUGCACCAUUUAUUUGUUUUAAAACUGAUCCAUCGCAUACUUCAGCUAUCAGGCACAAUGCUCCUCAAAGUACAGAUGUAAAUGUAAAGUUUUCACCAAGUUCUGAGGAUUCAAAGCCGACACCGCCCACACUCCCAAUGACUGAUUCAAGUUUCAGUGGUGAUCAACAGUCUAAUGGUAUCUCUGCUGCUAAAUUACAAAAUCGUGAUCACAGUGAUUGGAACAUAUUUUCUUCGUUAGCCAAACAGUCAACUCCAAUAAAAGAUGAUAAUAUACACCAAAAUUUAUCUUCGGCUUCUGGGCUUGCCGCUGAAAGUAAUGAAAUUCCAGUAAAUUCUACUGUCGAAACUUCGUAUGAUACAGAAGAUGAGUUGCCAUCGUUAGAGAAGCAUGAUGAUGAUGAAGUAAGCAUUCCAUAUGAAUCAUCUAUUUUACUCCAUGAAAGUGAUAGUCUUAAUAAUCGUGCUGAAAGCUUGAAUGGAUAUAAUGAUGAUGAUUUACCUCCUCCAGUAGUCUCGGAUAUUGAUCACCAACUCAGCUAUUCAGAUAUGCCUGUAGUUGUGGGGACUGUCCCAGAUAUUAUAGAAGAAGUUAUUUACGAUGGUUUGGAAGUGGCUGUUCAAGAAGAAAGUCAUCCUGCAAUAAAUAAAUCUAUAAAAAAGAGUGACUCGUGUAAAAAUUCUCCCAAGUCGUUGUCCGGUUCUUCUCCUAGUAUGAUAGAAUCAACCGUAAAAACAGGAUUAGAUCAAGCUUUAGUGGACAUAACUGACUCUCUUCAUAUUGAUCUAAGUAGUGUGACUAAUAAUUUUUCUCCAAACGUGUUAUCACCAAUUACUCUUCCUGUUAUCACUUCGUCGUCAAACAGCGUGUCUGUUCAACCAACUGUAUUUACACCCGUCUCUGCGCUACAUGUUACCUCACAACCUUAUGAAGUACAGACUAUGAAUCAAUCCAUGUUGGUAACCAUCUCUUCGGUGUCCUCUACUAAUUUAAGUCCAUCUAACAGUGCACUAUGUGCUGAUGAAGAAGCUUCCAUAUCACAACCUUGUUCAUCUGUACAAUCUAGUCUCAAUUCUAAACCUCAACAUCACAUUGCUGUCAUACUACCAACAACCACCGUAUCGUCUCCGGGAAGUUCAAUUGUAACUGUGUCUUCUCUCAUGCCAGAAUCUUCUACCAAUGUGACCACCACUUCAUCUGUUAUUAAGUUGGAAAGUUCCUCAUUAUCAAUAACUUGUUCAUCCACAACUGCUUUAAAUGGUCAACAGUUACAAAACGUGACUUCUCAUCCACCAACUACUGGAAUUACUAACCCUAUUGCUGUUGCUGCUUCAUUAGAUAAUACUGCUCCUACAUCUCAUACUUGUUUAUCAUCAGUUUCUCAGUCCUGUAAUACAACCUUUGAUCCAUCUGAUUACACUUCGUAUGUCCAGCGUGUAAUUGAACGUGUAAAGCAAGAAAAAGAUGAAGAAAUAUUACAGCAAAGAGAGAAAAUGAGACGUCCUAAAAGAAAUACUUCUGUUUCAACGCCUUCUAUGGCAACAUCUACAACUACGAAUCACAUUAAUACUUCUGCUACUGUCACCUGUUCUGGAGUUUUAUCCCCAACACCUAUAAAUCUACCAAAUGUAGCUCCUAUUCCAACUGCUGAUGUACUUAAACCACCAGUUGUGGUUAACAUUGAUGAUAAAAAUGUGACAAUUCCUAUGUGCGUUGCAAAUAACUCAAUCGUUGUUCAAGACUCAUUCUCCCGUAUUGUUAAGAACGUAAACAGUCCGAAUCCUCAAUCCGCUAACAUUUCAGAACCACCCAUUACAUCUUCGCACUCUCAGCAACUCGCUGUAAGUGCCUCCACCGAACAAAAUCCUUACGUGCUUGGAUGUAAUAACUUGACUGAUGACAUUCAUUCACGAGAUCCAGUCGAUGAAACGAUCGAAGCUGUUGUAAAUGGAGAGUUUGACGAGAAAGAAUAUGUACUGAAGUUAUCGAAGGGCAACUUUACUCCUAAUGGCCAUUGUCAUACCUUAUCCGGUAGCAUUGGUUCUCCUUCCAGUCAUCCUGAUAUUUUCACAUUGGUACCUGAUGAUUCUGGAAUAAAAAGCGAUUAUCACCAAUCUGGUGUUUCAGAGGCUGUUUGUACGCGAUCUAAUAGCUCUGCUGUCAACAUCUGUGUUGACUCUUCGUCCACCUUGUCUGUUAGCAAGGAGAUUACUGAUUCUAUUAUUUCAAUGAAUCAUUCUUCAGCAGUUUUAACGCCUAUGCAUGUAUUGACGUUUGUUGCAGCUGGUGCCGCAACAUCGACGUCCCAACAUGUACCCACUUCCACCGCAAUAAGUCCCAACGUUUCGUCCCAAUCAUCAUCCAACCUACCGACUUCUACGCAUAAUUUACCAUCGAUUUCCAAUCCAUCUAGUUCUACUUUGGAUAAUAUUGGUAGUAUGACUCCGCUUGCAGCAUAUACACCUAUCCUGAAUUCUUCUAAUUCACUGCCUACCGAUUCAACUAAUACUCGAAUUGAAGAGUUUGCAGCUCGAUUUGCUAAUAAUCCUUUUACGACGUAUUUCUAUUCUUUGUUAACACAAAAACAGCUUAGUCCAUCUCUUAGCCCAUCGGUAUCUUCUGCUGAUUCUAUCUGUCACCGUUCAACUGACAAUAUAUCGUUGCCAAUAUGUUCAUCUACAAAACUAAAAAAUCUGUCUAUUCCAAAUGCGUCUGUUAGUGGAGACACAGCGGACUAUCUAGCUGCAGCAACAAUGGCUGCUAUGGCCGCUAUGACUGGACCAACUCAAGAUAUGACUUCGUUUGGUCAAACUGUGGCUUCUGUAUCUUAUUCUGAUUCCAAACCGAUAUCAUCAGAUAACCAGUUCCUGCACAUGUCAACUGCACAUUUAGGAAUACAAGAAUAUUCAGUUAUUUGGCGAGGACGUCUUUCCCUGAAAAAUGAAGAGGUUUUUGUUAAUAUGCAUUAUGUUAGUGGUAAUCAAGAUCUACUGAAAAGCUGUAUGGGUGUUAUAACAGAACAACAAGUAGCUCUUAGCAACAUUGCUACAAGUUCUAGUUCGUUGGGGUCGUGUAUGACAGGGGAUUCUAUUGGGCCUCCACACCAACCUUUGAAGAUUGUUCAGCGGAUGCGUUUAGAAGCUUCUCAACUUGAAGGGGUUCAGAGGAAAUUGCGACAACUAAAUGAUUUUUGUAUGUGCCUUACCUUAGCAUCUGCUCCUCCACUAACACCUGAUGCUUCGUUGAAUAAUGAACAAAUACGGAUGAACAGAAUACUGUGUGAUGGAUUUAUCAAAUACAUGCUUGAAAAGGGUGCCGCUGGAAUAAUAAAUGUUUGUCAUCCAUGCACUCAACAAAACUUGUAUGUCAUCCAUAUAUUUCCUCCCUGUGAAUUUUCACGUUGCCAGCUACAAGCAUGUGCUCCUGCUCUUUAUCGCAGUUUAGCGGAAAAUUCCAUACCUCACGUAUUAACUGUGAUCACAACAGUAUGACCGUGAUGCAUUUAACUCCCGAUUUGUUUCCUCAGUUGGUUUUGAAAUGUCCUUUUAUCACUUUGUUCAAUAUAAUGGACCAAGUUUAAUUCCGAUAAAUGAACUAAUCAACGGGUGUCUCAGUUAGUGCCUGUCUAUCGAAAUCUAUAUUUCUCUUCUCUCAGACCUUGUGGCAGCCAAUAAACUUGAAGUAAAUCCUUCUCUGAAGUUAUUUGUUCCCUGGCAUAUUCAUGUUAUUAUGUUUAGUCUGCCUGUUUCUUGGUUUGAGUAGCAUAAUGCAAAUAUUCUGCCCGAAUUUUCGCCUGAUAAGGAUAUGUUGUUCUAAAUCAUAAUAAGGAUAGAUAAAAUUUUAAUCGCCUAUCCAAAGUUACGCACUAACUGUGAUUCUCUAUUUUACUUGACCUUAUUUUCAAAAUGUCACUGAUUGUAUAUAUAAUGUAUAUGUUUGUGUGUGUGUGUUCAUGAUCCCUUCACCUUAUAUGAGGCAGCUUAAACCAAUAAUUUUUGAUAUACUAUGUAUGUACAUAUCGAUGUUUUCCACAUAUUGAUUUGUUUUAAAUGAACAACAAGCUUAUGUAUAUAUGUUCAGUGGCGUGACUAGUCAGAUUGUUUUUAAAUGAUAUGUUGAUUCGGAUAAAAUGUUUUACCUUGUUGCUUUUUAAUGGUUGAGAAUUAAAUAUUAACUGAUUUCUCUGAAUAUUAUGUCUGUGUAAAUACAGUUGAUUUAUGAGAUGGGUAGUGUUAAGGAUAUUACGAUUGCCGAUCGAUCUAACGAACAGAAUUCAUGUGUCCGUUGAGAUGUAUAAGAUACUGAGUUUAGGCAAUAUAACAAAAUAUAUUGAACAUUCAAAUUUCAAUGCUUACUUACAUAUUUACGCCUGUUACCCCUCGUCGAGAAGCAUAAACCACCAUCAGCAUUCUCCAUCGAACUCUGUCUUGAAUAAUCCAUACCAGUUGUUUCCAGUUACUACACAUUCUUUUGAUGUCUACCUCCAAUACCCGAAGCAGUGUGUUCCUUGGUCUUCCUCUUUUCCAUCUCCCUUCAGGAUUCCAAGUUAGGGCAUGCCUCGUAAUGCAGUUUGGUGAUUUCCACUUCCAGUGUCUUCUUAAUUUCCUCUUUAUCUGGAAGUUGGUUUGACCUCUGUCAGAGUAGGUCAUUGCUGAUAGUAUCCGGUCAGCGGACAUUGAGUAUCUUGUGCCGACAAUUGUUUAUAAAUACUCAUACAGUUUUGAUGAUGGUUGCAGUAGUUCUCCAAGUUUCAGCUCCACACAGUAGACUUAUCUCGACGUUCGUGUUAAAGAUUGUGACUUUGAUGUUGGUUUGCAGACAGUUGUUUUGAGUUCCACAUAUUCUUCAGUUGUUAGGAGUGAUGUACAUGCUUUGCCAGUCCUUGACUUCAUAUAUGCAUCAGAUCCUCCUUGUUCAUUGAUGAUGCUGUUCAAAUCGGUGCGUGAAGCGUUCCACCUCUUCCAGAGUUUCUCCAUCAAUUGUGAUUGGUUUGAUGUUCUCUGUGUUGUAUUUGAGGAUUUUGGUUUUUCCCUUGUGUAUGUUGAGGUCUACUGACGUAGAGGCUGCUGUCACACUGACUGUACUCACCUGCAUUUGUUGGUGUGUGUGUGUGGGGGGGGGACAGAAGAACCAUGUCAUUUGCGAAUUCCGAAUCGUCUAGUUGCAUAUGAGCUGUCCACUGUGUUCCGUGCUUCCUCUGAGAUGUCGAGGUCUUCAUAAUCCAGUCAACCAUCAGAGGAAAGAGAAAGGGAGGAAGUAAGCAGCCUUGUUUGACUCCGGUCCUGACUUGUAAUUGGUUUGUGAGCUGUCCUUCAUACACAACUUUGCAGUGUAGUCCAUCGUAUUAAUUCCGUAUGGUGUUGAUGAUUUUCCCUGGUACAUUAUAGUGUGGAAGAAGGUUCCAUAAGGUUUUCCUAUCCACCCUCGAAUGAUUUCUCAUAAUCAAUGAAGUUGGUGUAUAGUGACGAGUUCCAUUCAAUUGAUUGUUCAACGAUGAUCCGUAAUGUCUGUGCACUACCUAUCUACACGGAAUCCGGUCUAUUGAUCUCGAAGCUGGUCGUUUACUGAAUCUUUCAUCUGGUUCGGCAACACUGUUGAAAACGUUUCUUGGUACCGAUACUAGUGUGAUGCCUGUGCAGUUCUCACACUUGCUGAGAUCUCCUUUCCUUGGUAUCCUGAUGAGAUAUCCUUCUUUCCAGUGUCUGUCUGUCUGUCUGUCUAUCUAUCUGUCUGUCUGUCUGUCUGUCUGUGUCUAUCAGUAUGUCGUCACUUGUUCCUCCUCCCAAAUCCUCCUGAAUGGAACAUGGAACAUGUUUGUGGUUACUUCAACGUGUGACUUGAAUGAUUCAGUUGGUAAAUUGUCAGGUUCGACUGCUUCUGCUGCUGUUGAUGUUUUCCCACAGUUGAUUUGUUUGAUGACCGAUCAUCCUGAUUUCUUCGAUCGUCGGUGGAGUGACAGUUGUAGGAAUGUGUGUAUGUGUUGCUCGAUGUCCGUUGUGUUCAUUGAAGCUCGUCUAUUCAGGACCUCCUCAACGUAGUUGUUAAUAGGUUACUGGAAUCCAAACAACAAUCUGUGAUUUAAACUUAUUGUAUCCCAGAAGCGUAGAACAUUCAAUUCAGAUCCUUCUGAAUAUCGAAUAUACUUGAAGGCUUCCUAACCUUCUACGAGCGUGCGAAUUCCUAUGUAAUCGUACUAAAGGGGUUCGUAAUGAUGUAACUGACUGUGGCGAUUAUUCGCUGCAGAUAAUUUGUGUUUAUGAUAUGUGGUCUUGUACCGUAAUGGAAGUUAAAUAAUUAUAACUGGAUGACAAGUGAUGAGACGACGUUAUCAGAUAUACAGAUUAAAAAAGUCGACAGUUAGGGACUGUCUUUGAUAGGCCAUUAAUUUAUUCUAAGCAUAACUCUGAUUACUUACAGAACAAUGAAGGAAUGUUUGUCUUUCAGCUAUCCUUCUGUUACCCAAAAUACGGAACCACUUUGAGCAGAACACUGAAAUUAGUUGUCGAAGUAUCAGUGUAGGUGAGAAGGUAGUAAGAAGCCUAAAAGAAGACAAAUAGGUUUGCUUUUGAGAUAGCUAUUCAUGAUAAUUGGUGACAUAAUGGACCCAUCAUAGACGAAUCCUUGAAUUUUCAAUGUUGAAUUAUGCCAUGCAGAAGGCUUGAUUAUGCAAUUCGUGCACAUUACUUACUGAACUAAAUUUUAGGAGCCUACUUGUUAUAUCAAUGCGGAAACUGGAGUGGGUAACUUUAUCGCUUCGCUGUAUUCAUCUACACAGCGACUGAUUGCAUCCUUGAUUUCAAUAAAGGAUGAUCACCAACGCCAAUUAAAUGUCUUCAAUAAAGCCUAUACGAUAGAUAUUAUUGUGUUAGAAUUGGACAGGUUGGGUGUCUAGAGAUUGAGGAGAAUCAUUUGGGAUACAGGUCAGAUAACUGUGAUCGACUUGUGCAAUUUUGUUCAGAUCAUAACAUGUCCUCAGCACCAACACUUGAAACUGUCAUCUAGGUUCCUCCCUCUUUAAAUAAAAUCGAAACCCACAUCACAGUCAGCUACCGUUGGUAUGGAUGUGUACUUAUCUGAAUUCUGAUCAUGACCUAGUUUACUCUAAAGUUAUCUUAAUUUUCGGAGGUCAGCAAACGUCUUAUCUUGAAUCGAUUAAUUUAAACGAAUCGGUUUUCAUUGUAACUAAACUGAGCUGUGUUCAAGGCUGAUUUUUAAUUCACUUUGGUCAAUGAGUUUGAUAAUAGACGUAGGUUCCUUUGCAGGAAACUUUUCCUUAGUUUGCUUAAGGAUCUAGAAACCUGGCGGUCAGAGUAUACUAACGAGGUGGAAAAAGCAGUUGCUGUUUUAAUUAAUCUGAGCCACUGGAAGUGCAGUUUGAGUGAAACAAUUUAUAAAACCAAUUAGUACCAUCCAACGUCUUUUCAAAAGGUUGCCAUAGUUUUUGAGGGACAGUUCAACUAGCCUGUUUGCCCCACUAACAUUGAUAAGGCUGUUUAGUCCUGCUUCGCCAUUGAUUACCGACCCACCUAACGAAAUGGAGGUCAGCAAGGAGUUUUACCUUCUCAAGAGUCACAGGCUAACGGGCCUAAACGACAUACCUUUAAGUCUUCUUAAAGAUGUUGACGAGCUUUCGGACAGAAAGCUGAGUGGAUAGUUUGAAAAUGUUUUGGAAAAAUAAGGCGUUUCAACAGCUAUGAAUGAAAACAUCAUCGUUUCAAUAUUUACAGAUUCUUUGCAGUAACUAUUGGAGGAUAAGUCUACUGUCGAUCACGUCCAAAAUAUCGGUUUCCGUCACUUCAUUGAUUAUUCGGAACCUUUCGAAGGCUGACACGUGAUGAGCGCGUUAUCUGUAAUCGUGUUGUAGAUGUAUUGGUCACAUCACACUUCAUCAAAUUCCGAAACGUCAAAUUUGCAAGCGAACUAUCUUAUGCUUCUUAAUAUCAGUUCUGCGAUUUGUUGGAUAGAACUGUACUUUUAGAUUGUCUGUCAAAGAUGUGUGUGCCUGAGAAGUUUAUCAACAGCUUUGGGGACCAGGAGUAUUGAGGACUUACUUUCACCUCCCUCCUUUAUUCCGUUUUAGCAGUGAGGUAUUACAGAUUUACCCGAUCUCACAGUUUCUUUAUAACUUUGCCACAAUGACAUUCUGGAAUACACUGAAAGUACGUAUUAGUGAUAUGAUAAAGACUACGGUCUUGAGUGUGUGGAUGAUGUUUUCUUACUGUAUGAUAAUACAACCUAUGCGAGUCACAGUUGGCAAUUAGUGUUCUUAAGUAUAACAUGUGUUUUGCGCCUUUGAAGCGCAGAAAUACUUGUAUAAGAUUGGCAGAAGCCUCUGCUGGGACUCAUACUCUGUGAUGAACCGUCCAAAUUGUUUGGAAAGCUUGUGUAUCCGUCGUUUUCUUAAUUUUGGUGGUGAGGAAGAUCAGUCUACUUAUAAUGAAAACCAGAUCUAGGCGAUUUUCGGCACCGUCGUGAUGUGAGUCUAGUUGCAAAAGGUUUGCUCUACAGCAUGUUCGUAAUAGCAGUUUUAUUGUAUGCUGAUGAGACCUGUCUUUUCUCAGUUGGUGGUGUUAAACGACUUUGGGUCUGAUCACCGUCGUCUCUGGAGGACUAUCAGAAUUCAGUGGCAACACCAUGUUAGUAAUGUGGAGGUUUGACAGCGUUUUCGAGCACAGUGAUAAAUAAAUUGUUGUCACCACCUUGUUACUGUAAACUCAUAGAAAAGCCUUCCAAACAGAGAUAUUUUUUCAAAACGAAUACUAUUAAAAAGUUCCUUGGGAAAUAAUUAACUACCUAAGGCACUAGAGUGUAGGCCAUCAGGUUGUUUUGAUUAAAAAGUGCUUUUGCGAAAUAGAUCAAUGAACGCUUGCACACUAUAGGUUUAUUACUUCCUAACUUAGAGUACUCGUCCUGGGAAAUAGUCACUUUGGUAACUUUGUAGAAUCAGCGUUAUUAGAUAAUAAUAAUAAUAAUAAUAA